UUGUCUUAAAUUUAGAACAUUACAAAACAUAAUUAAUUGUUCUUUUGCAUACGUUUGGCAUUAGAGCUUAUCAUUAUAUUAUAUAUAUACACCACAAGCAUAGUCGCAAAAAACCCACACCGUUUGUGGCCAACAACCAAAAAUAUUCCUCGGUUUCUUAUACAGUACAUAUUUCUUUUGAUACAUUUCAUUUUGUUUAUUGUAUGCCAAACUUUGACCCGACUGACCUGCAUUGCAUUCGACAUUGUCCUCCAUAACUCUGACUGCAGCUUCCACCGCAUCCAAUACGUUAUCCUGUCGAAGCAGAGUUUCCCAUCCCACGACCGCUGCCGAUCUGGUCACCUCCAGCUUUGAUGCGUUUCUCUCAUCAGGAAAAUAUCCGGCCCCAGAGUGAACUAUUAUUGAGGGCUGAAUCAUAGUUAUCUUAGGCCUGAAAUAAUCAAUAAGUGGUUUCGAAAACACCGACCCAACAACAGGUUUUGAUACUAUUUACUAGCAAAAAUUUUCGUGUUUUGCAACUUUGUAAAGCUCAUCGAUUCAGGGCGAAGUGAACCAGACGUGAGUGUUGAUAAUUUAGUUAUACUCGAACAAUAUGAAGACUUCCUCGUCUCUCACUUCCGGUUCGUCAUCACCGACGCUGAGCAAUGAAGAAAUUGGACGGUAUAGUCGCCAAAUGAUUCUUCCAGAGUUGGGACGCCAGGGUCAAGAGAAACUGAAAGGGAGUGGUGCACUCAUCGUUGGCGUUGGUGGACUCGGCUCCCCGGCUUCAAUGUUUCUUGCAGCGGCUGGAGUGGGUCGUAUUGGCUUAGUCGAUUACGACGUCGUGGAAAGGAGCAAUCUUCAUCGUCAAGUUGUCCACAGUGAGAAAACGGUUGGAAUGUCAAAGGCCAAGUCAGCUCAAAAUUUUCUCUCAAACCUCAAUUCUCACGUUAUCAUCGACAUUUACGAGGAACCCUUCACGAAUAGUAAUGCAAUCUCCAUCGUGUCCAAAUAUGAUGUUGUCCUUGACUGUACGGACAACGCAGCGACACGUUAUUUGCUCAAUGAUGCUUGUGUCCUGGCUAAGAAAACGCUCGUUUCCGGAAGUGCAUUGCGGUUUGAGGGCCAGCUAAUCACGUAUAAUUAUGCGGAUGGACCCUGCUACAGGUGUUUAUUCCCUAUUCCACCACCACCCCAAUUUGUCACCAAUUGUUCCGACGGAGGAGUCCUAGGAGCUGUUCCAGGAACGAUUGGAACUCUUCAAGCACUGGAAGCUGUCAAGCUUUUGAGUGGUAUGGGACCUUCGUAUGUCGGGAAAAUGCUCAUGUUUGACGGAGUAACUGGAUCAUUUCGAGAAGUGAAAUUAAGGUCGCGACAAAAUGGAUGUGCAGUUUGUGGAGACAAUCCAAAAAUUACGGAAUUGUUGGAAGAUUAUCCAGCAUUUUGUGGAUCUGGUUAUGAUGACAAAGAAAAAAAUGUUGACUUACUUUCGACAAGCGAUAGAAUAACCCCACAAGAAUACGACCGGAUCCGUACAUCCAACAUUCCACAUAUUCUACUUGACGUUAGGGAACCUCAAGAACUUGGAAUUUGCUCACUUCCUAAUGUUUCUAAGAACGUUCCCUACUCUGGAAUGGAUUCAGAAAUGACCAUGAUGGGGUUGGAAGACUUUUUUCUUCAGCAUCAACAAGAACUCCAACAAUCCAAAAAUGGAACUUCCUCAUCAUCUCCACCUAUUCCCGUGUUUGUUGUGUGUCGUCGCGGAAAUGACUCGCAACGUGCUGUGAAACUUCUACAAGACAAGUUCUCCGGACUCUCCCUCUCCUUCAAGGACAUUCAGGGUGGACUUCAUGGUUGGGCAAAACAUGUAGAUACCAACUUUCCAAUCUAUUGAUCUAGCUAUCUACAUAUCCAUUGAUACAGUUUCUACUUUUGUAUCCCAUUUUUAUUGUAUUCAUACUUUGGCAGUUUUGUAAAGUACUUAAACUAGUCGUCUUACCCUUCCUGGUGGGUACAUGUUUUUAAUUGGUGUUUUUGGUUAACUGCUGUUUGAUAUAAAAAUAAAGUGGUUAUUGUAAAUUAACGUUAUUUUUAUUUUGAAAUAUAAAAUGUUUGUUCCGAA